UGUUCGUCUGAUUCAGAUUUCUGAAUUGAAGUACAUAGAGUCUGCGCUUCUUAAGAAAUGGGAGAAGAAGAGGGGAAGAAGAAGGUGAUGGUGGCAAUUGAUGAGAGUGAUUGUAGCUACUACGCUCUCAAAUGGACUCUUGAAAGUCUCGCUGAUACCAUCUCCAAUUCUCAACUUAUCAUCUUCACUGCACGGCCUGCUGAUUUCAAUUAUGUUUAUGCUUCCACUUUUGGUGCUGCUCCUCCAGACUUGAUAAAUUCGUUGCAAGAAAAUCAGAAGAAGAUUGCUGUUGCUCUUCUCAGCAGAGCAAAGGAGAUCUGCGCCCAGCAUGGGAUUGAGGCAGAGACAAUGACUGAAGCUGGGAAUCCUAAAGAGGUAAUAUGUGCAGCUGCUGAAAAGCUCAAUGUCCAAUUGCUUAUAGUAGGCAGCCACAGCCGUGGAGUAAUAAAGAGGGCUUUCCUGGGAAGUGUGAGCAAUUACUGUGUUCAUAAUGCUAAGUGCCCCGUACUUGUCGUCAGGAAACCAAGUUGAAGAUUGAAAAGCUAAGAGUUGAAGCUGAAUGCAGAAAACAGGUCAACUCUCAGUUCUGAGGAGGUCAGAAGUUAAUGUUUAUAUCAACUUGGUGUUUGUAAGUAAAAGUAAGCAAUUGUUCAAUUGUUGUUUUAUAUUUAUGUAAAUAAUUUCUGUAAACGGAUAUUGAAUUUGUAAUGAUAUAAACAAUAUGGAUACAGUGAA